AACGAAAGGAGAAGAACAAGAAUGCUGAAUGGAGUGUUGCGCAUGACGUGGUACGCACAAUUGUUGCAGAGUUCUUCUUGUUGAUCAGUUGAUCUUAUCAGCAUUCAAUCAUCGUUAUCGUUAUGAUUAGUUAGUGGUGAGGUGAUCGUUUCCAGUUUAUGUAUUUUACUUUUAUUCUUUUAUUUUGUUGAAAUUUAUACAGUGGUUAUUGUAAAAUACAUCUACGAAGUACAAAAUCAAGAUAGCCAUGAGCGAUAACGACGAAAUUGUAGAAGAGAUAGACGAAGAGGAUGAGGAAUCUGAAAGUGAUAGCAGUGAUGAAACCGACGAAGACGAAAAAUCUCAAAACAAUGACGAAUUGCACAACGAAGAAGACGAUUAUUACCGUUGGAAAUACGGUGACUACGAUAACGAGUGCAAACGAUGUAAAACUGAAGACUCUUAUAAAUUCGUCACUAUAAAUUCGGCAAUUCUAACCGACGUUCCCAAAUUAAUGGACAUGGCUUCUGUUACGGUCGCGGCCAGUCUAUGGAAUCACAUCAAUGUACCUAAAGCUGUAUCCAGUGUAAGUAAAAGAUGUACGUCAAGCAGCACCCAAUGGAGCACUUUGCGCGGAAACGUAAUCGCAUUAAUCGAACGGUUACAAGUUUCUAAACCAAUCGUCAAACAGAUCAAACGAUAUAUACGCAAAAUGGCCAACGAAAUAACCGCUUGGGUAUCGUAUCAUUAUAGAACAGUGUUUUUGAAAAAUGGACUCGAUAAAUUCGUCUACAGUCUCGUGUAUCAUAUUGUUUGGUACCCUGACGGUGCUAUCGAUUGCGUUCAAACUGCGAGAAGUAUGAUGACGUCGGUGAGAUUGAGCGAUGUUGAAAAGUUCAGAUUUUUAUGCGUUUAUUGUUUGUACGAUGACAUGGAUGAAAUGUCGCCGCUGAUAUAUUUGGAUAAUGCUCUCGAUUACUUAAACUGUAACGAAGAUCCUUUGAUUUUUUAUUGGUAUUGUUAUUUUAGAAAUGAAUUGGACCAGAUUCCGGGAUCUAUUAAUGAAUACAUGUUACAUCAUGAUAAAGUCGAUAAUUGGCCAGCCAAAGAGUAUUUUUUCGAUCGACUGGAUUACGACGAGCAAGUCCGAGAGGCGAUUUGGCUAAUUGACAAACAUGGCGCUGUUUACCAAAAAGUAGUAUUGUUGAAAUUGGAUGAAACGCAGCGUCUGCGUGUUUACAUGAAACGAGCUAUUCAAGUAAUCGUGAAUUACGCUGGUUCUGAUAUCAAUUCGAGAUUUAUUCCUCAGACGUGGUUGGAAGCUCGGCAUUUGAUGAGCAAAGAUCAGUUUUUGAUUGUAUUUCGAAUACUGUUGAACUCAUACGUACAAGAUGUCCUUCUGAAGGAGAUUUGGGCCAGCGCCAACGACGAUUUCAAACAACACGUAGUGUGUGCUAAUGUUCAUGAAAUUGUCAAGAUAGUAUUAACAAAAUGGAAGUGGCGCGACAAUUGCGAUUUCGUAUUCGUUUUGUUACAAGAUUCCAAUGCAAUGAUAAAACAAUCGGUCACAGUGCAAGAAUUUUUCAUCGACUACUGCGAGAAAUUAAUAAAGAAUAGUAAUUUUCAAGAACUUGAUCGAUUGCUGGUAUUUUGUUUGCCUGAUGCGGGCGAUUUGGCAGAAUUUAAAAGGGACUUUGUGUAUAAUACGAAAUCUGAGUUUUUCAACGCUCAUUGCGAAAAAUUAUUGACAAAUAGUAAAUUUCAAGAGUUCGAUCAGUUGCUGGAAUUUUGUUUUUCCGACGCCGAGGUUUUGCUGAACUUUAAAACGAACUUCAUCAAUAAUUCUACUGCCAUUUCUAAACUGAACUCGUUAUCUCAUCUCGACUGAGGAUAGAUGCAUGUUGAAGAAGCGAUAAAUCGGCGAUAUUACGAAGUUGAUGCAGGCGGUAUUGCGUAAGAACAAUGGUAAAUCAUGUUUGCAAACAGUUUUGAUUUGGUUUUUUCGAAAUAA